AUGAAUUCUUUCGGAGCUGGAGCAGUUAUCGUACUUGCUGUUGCAAUAGGAAUUUAUUACCAACAGUACUUCGGGGAUGAAACUCCAACGGCCCGCCGUGCUUGGUUAACAUUGCUGAAUAAUGACGAGUAUGUGCCAGGUGUAUUAGCUUUAGCUCGUUCAUUAAAACGGGUAAAGAGCGCAUAUCCGUUAGUAGUAAUGAUCACUCUAGAUACCGUAUCACAAGAAGGACAACAAUUAGUUUUGGAUGAAGGAUGCCAAUUACGUCCAAUAGAAACUUUGCUCCCUAAGCAAGACAAAAAAAAUUUAGCAUUCGAACGUUUCAUUCAUGGAUGGACAAAACUACGAGCUUUCCAAAUGAUCGAUGUUUGUGAUAAAUGUGUCAUGAUGGAUGCUGACAUAAUUGUCUUGCAAAAUAUGGAUGAAUUAUUCGAACUUGAAGACAAUCCGAACUUUGCAGCUGUCCAGACAUGUAUCUGCAAUCCAGCUAAAAAUCCACUGUAUCCCGAUUACUGGAAGCCUCAAAAUUGCCCAUAUACUCACGAGCAGCAUUCUCAUUCAUCAGCUGAAGUUGAUAGCCGAGGCCGCAUGUUUAACGGUGGCCUCUUUUUGUUGCAUCCAAACCAAACUGUUUUUGAAGAAAUGCUCGUUGCUCUAAAUACAUGGGAUUUGUCGUUAUUCAAAUUUAGUGACCAAGACUUUUUGAACAAAUUUUAUCACACUACCUGGAGACGUUUGCCCUAUGUGUACAAUACGCUGAAAACAUUUUCAAAAACUCAUCCAUAUUUAUGGAAUGAGACAAAGAUUAAAGCGAUUCACUAUAUUCUUGCAAAGCCUUGGGAUAAAUUAGAUCCGGAUAAUGCUGCCUAUGAAGAAAUCAAUAGAUUGUGGCAGGAAGCAUAUGACUGGAGGGAGCAAACAACAGCUCAAAGCCCCACCAAUAUAUAA